CGUGUGAUCAUGCAUGCCAAGCAGUUGGGUCCCAGCGCGAGUGAGUGAGCUGAUGCCCUACACGGUGCACGAUCGUUUGUGUGAGUGAAUAACAAGUGCCUCGAACCACCGCCGUGUGGCAUAAAAAUUCCGAACGACGCCAACGAAAGGUGAAAAUAAGCAAAUAACAGAGGAGGAAAUAAGAAAAUCAAAUCAGCAUAAAUUUGUGCCUACGAUUGAAAGCUGCUGCUGUUGCUUUUUGAUCCGUCCGUCGGCUCGCGAAACAUAAACAAUAAUAACUCGAUCGCAGUAGACACGGUGAAAGAAGAUCGCUAAAAGCUCCCAACAACGGUCACUUGAUCGGAUGCGACGCGACAAAAUUUUGUUGCGUUGCGAAAAACUUGGUCACACCAACGUUCAAUAAAUACCUAAAUACGCUGUGCCGGGUUUCGAUUCGCGCGAGAAAGAGCGGAGUUUUCCAACUCCACGGAAAAGUGCGAGCGAAAGGGGCUUACUUAACAUCCAAAACGGGAAAGAGAACACGUGAGAAGCAAAGAGAGUGCGAAAAUCGAAGAAAAAUGGACUCGACGGCCUCGCUACGUCGGCUUACCUCCAUACAGAUUAGUGCCGAAACAACGGUUUAUACCAGCCUUGAUUCGAGCAUCGCAGCCUUGCAAAAGCCACAACAGAGGCGCGAAGACCAAGUCGAUGGAGCGAGGAGUCUCCCGCCUGCUGUGGAAUUGCUUCUCUCUGCAGCUGCCUCCGUACCCGCGACUUCGGUCUACAUCUCCGCCGCUGAGCCAACUGCUGGAAAACUGGUCCUACAACGUGAGCGAUCAGAUUCGGAGAAAGAAGAAAGAGCCGAGUUGCUUCCAUCCAGAUCGUCUGUUGCCGAUGCCGUUGCCCUUGGAAAGACCAGCACUGGCAGCAGUCUGCUGGAAACCGUCCGGGAGAAACCAUCUUCGCCGUUGUCGCCCGUGAUAUCCGAUCAGCAGUCGCACGUCGUCCGAAUUCAAAUCGUGCAAACUCAAUCGGAGUGUUCUAGUCCAAUUAACAGUGUGGUAAACCAUUCGUGCGGUUCUGCUUUGAUCAGUGUUACCAACAAUAGCAGCAGUGCUACCAUCGUGAACGGGUCCAAUCAGUGCAAAUCUAAAGUGUCGAUCGUUUCAUUUGGACCGCCUGAUCUGGGCAGUAAAUCACCGAGUCCUACCCCAUCCAUCGAAAUGGUUCAAAAGCACUCCAGCCCAUCGGCGUCGCCAACCAGUGGCGCCAAAACAGACUUGGUGGAUGCCACCAACGCCACCUACCUCUACUACAUGAUGUCCUCGGGGCAGUGCUCUCCUAGUGACACCCUCGACAGUGGCACGUGCAGCGACAUCGAAGUCACUCCACCGCCUCUCCCGAAAAAAAUGGUCCCCAAAUCUCCGUCCCCCACCAAACACCCGGCAGCGCAACACGCAAAAUUAAUGAUGAUAAGCCCGACGCCGUCUGAUAAGCUUAAUCAACCCAACGUCGGAUUUCGCAGCAACUACACAACCAGUGACAGUGACGAGUCCGAAUCCAGUCUCAGCUGCGAUUCGCUCAACUUUUCACAGCUUUGCGGAAACGUUAGUGCCCUGGCGCUCGUCGACAGUAUUUCCGGGGUCACAACCAUUCCGCAAACUCCGGAACCGUUAUCCUCCGCCGUGACCCCUACCAGUGAUAGUGACCGCGAAAAUGUAAUCCCCGAGUGUCCGCAACUGCCUCCAAUCAUGCCAAUGAAGCACAAAAUUGUCUCCAUCCUGCCGGAUUCCCUUCUCAAGGACAUCCGCGAACGUUCGUCCACGGGAAGUGCCGCGCGCGAAGUGCCGUCCCCGUCGCCACCACGCGAAGAAACCCCCGUCGUCGGUAUGACCACCACGCGCUCCAUCCUGAUGGAGAAAAUCAACAGUUUGAACAGUGUUGCCGCCGGCGGCAGUGUGUCCUCCCUGUCCGAGAAGAACAAAUCGAUCAGUUUCGAGAAUGAUAAAUUUCAAGUUUCACAUCAACGAACAUUCCAAUUUGCAGCAACAGCAGCAGCAGACGCCGCCGAAUCAGCACGACUCCGUAACGGGUCGGUUCACCUCAAUAACAACCACAAUCACAGCUGUUCAUCGUCGGUUAUCGACGAUGAUGAGAGCUUUGCCGGGUUUAAGGAUUUGACCAGCGGAACGUCGACGAUCCGCAGCAACAAGGGAACGGUGCGCGGUGUCAAGAACCGGGUCCGCAACGGGAUUGCGACGUUCCUGCAGAUGCAGCAGGCGAACAUAAAGGUAGGUGGUGCGCGCCGAUGA